ACCCCACACAAUCCCCUAAUAGAUGAAUGCCGCAGAAAACUGAGUCCUGGCAUUCAGUCUGAAUGGACAAGAUCAGCCUGGUCGACUCUGCGGACGUGACUAUGGAAGGCCAUGCGAAUACUGGUCCGGAGGUGCGAGCGGAUGCUGCAGCUGUCUCCAUCGGCGAGGAAUUGACCGCCGUUCUCGACGGGUUGAAGUUGGAUCUGAAGGGAGCUGACAGUAAAGAUCCCGAUCAAACUGACGCAUUCAUCGCUGACGCCGACCUCCUCGAUUCGCAUAUGUCCCUACGCAGUGAGAUAGCAGCAACAGCUCGUCUACGCCGUCGUUCCUAUCAGGCAACAAGAGCCUCGAAAUCGUACACGAUGACUCCCUCACCUAGUCCGGAGAGGGAGGGGGAGGGCGGUGAUAACGAGGAGGAAUGGGAGACGGACGCUAGUGAUUCGCCGAGGAAGAAGGCGGGCAAUCGUCCACUUCCUCUUGAACAGCCACCGCCGUAUGCUGCGAAUGGUAGUGUAUCUGUUCCUACCUCUCAGUCGAGUUCACCCACUGGUCGGCGAGAACAGUUGGUUUAUCACCGACACCACAGGACCCGCUCGAAUGAGCGUUGGAUUGAGCUCCUGGAACGGACGAAUACGGAGCUGCUGGAUCAAGUUGCGACAUUGAGUGACGACUAUUCCACCUACACUCGGGAAUCAAAGAGCCGGCUUCGCCGUGCUCACAAUGACAUCCGCACUCUCAAAGUGGAACUGGACGAGUGGGAAACAAAAGAUCACCGGGCUUUGCAGAAGGAGUUGGAGGAUGCAUACGAUCGAUUAAGCCAUCUGGAGGAGGAACUCUUGAAUGUGGAACAGGAGAAGAAGAGGAAUAAGGCGAGGCUACAGAAAGCGUUGGAUGAUGUUGCCAAGCUUAAGCAGAAGUACGAUGACUUCGACAAAUUGAAAGAAGAGAACGAAGCUUUGGUUACUCGCGUGGAGGAUCAGGAGCAUGAUCUGGAGAUACUGGCGGCCGCAUUGGAAACGUUCACGAAACAUCAGAGUGUGGGCGGAGCAGUACGGAAAUGGAGGUUGCAGAUAUCUGCCUCUUCGGCGGAGCAAGACGAUGUCAGCGUUACUGAACUUGCUGAAUCGGUGCUGCCUGGUGCCGAUGCUGGUACUGAGGCGACGGAGAUGCGGCCGCUCGGCAAAUCCGGGGAAGGUCGUCCAUCGGGGCUUGCUGAUAGACCGAGGAUGCGUCGUGCGGAUAGUCUUCAUGAGGAAUUGGAACGAGCUGCAGCUUUCUCGAAAAACGACGGUCUACCUGACCGCUCGGUUACUGUUUCGAGUGUUUCGACUUUGGUGCAGUCGUCAAACACAUCACCUCCCACGACUGUUGAUCUCGAACCCGACACUCCAGCAAACAUCGUUUUGAAGUCCGUAAAGAAGGAUUACCUUUGGAUCUGGCGUCCAAUCUUCACGAUGUUUCUGUGGGUCCGCUUCGUGAUGCUUCUUACCAUCGCACUUGGCAUGGCGCUACGGGCAGGUCCUGAGCGGGUUUUGCGGAUCGCACAACCACGUGCAAGUCAAUCUGAGGAAACUAGCGUUCCUGAUCAGGCAGAAGGUAGGAUGCUUGGCUGGAGUGAGCCGUCGUGUGAAGAAGUUCCCGAACCUGUUGCCGGUCACUCGGAGAAGACGGGCAGUGAUCUACUCGCGGAUCCGGAUGAUGACUUAUCGGGUUCGUGGGUAUACGACGAAGAAUAGCAUCAGUUCACGACUGAUGGGGGAUAUGUGU